AGAGAAACAUGGCCAGCGAGGUGAAGGAUGCCCCAAGAGCUUGCAGAAAGUGGUUGUUUACCUCCUACUGGAUCCGGGGCGAGACCUCACUCGGUCCCCAAUGAAUCGAUUGGAUUGAAUUGCCGCCCCUCAACCUCAAUGCGCAAUCCCUGGUUCGCCCUCUUCCGACCCAUUCCAUCAACAAUCCUCCCCUCCUCAUUCUCCCCAUUAUACCUGCAUUUUCCAUCUCCCUCAUCCGUCACCCUGUGCUUGGAAUCUUUUCUUUGGUUGAAUAUCGCAUUUGGCGUUCAAAAUGACUGGCUCACACAAUAAUUACGACGACCAGGCCUCCACCAACUACAAAGAAGCGUUCUCCCUCUUCGACAAGCGCGGCACCGGCAAGGUCUCCCUGGAGUCCCUCGGUGACCUUCUGCGCGCAUGCGGCCAAAAUCCUACUCUCGCUGAGAUCGCCGAUCUGGAGAAGAGCCUCGGCGGAGAUUUCGACUUCGACUCUUUCGUGAAGGUCCUCAACCGUCCAGGCGGCUUCCGCGACCCGGGUGAAGCUGAAGAAUACUGCCGCGGGUUCCAGGUGUUCGAUAAGGAUAUGACCGGGUUUAUCGGGGUCGGUCAGCUUCGAUACAUUCUGACGAACUUGGGCGAGAAGAUGUCGGACGAGGAGGUCGAUGAGCUUCUCAAGGCGGUUGAUACCAGCUCGGGUGAGAUUAACUACACCGACCUCGUUCGCACCAUUUUGGCCAACUGAUGAUUGAUACACGAUAC